GCGUCCCGGCAGGAAGUUCUUUCAUCAUAACUUCCGGCUAUAUACUGUUCUCUGGACGCUCAUCAAAACAGCGCGCUUCAACACCGAAUUGCAGUUGGUUUUAGCCUGAAAUAAUGGAUAACUCUCAGCAGUUCGGUUAUAUGGGCGCUCCGCCGCCUCCCUUCAAUGCUCCUCCGUCUACAGACGGCGCGGUUUAUUCAGGAGGAGGUGCAGGACCGCCGAUGCCUCCAGCGGGACACUCAUGGAGCAUGUAUCAACACCCCCCACCGCCGGCACAACACCCCUGGCCCCAGUUUCCUCCCUUCGACCCGAGCAGACCACCUCCAGGGUCCUUUGACCCUCCUCAGCACAGCGAGAACCCGCCUCCAUCCUGGUCCCAGAACCAGUGGAAUCAACCUGAACAUCAUUUCAGGGGACAAUUCACUCCAAAUCAACACCAAUUUCCAAAUUCAGCACCAGUAUCCUAUCAGUCCAACACCAGACCUGAUAAUUCAGCUCAGAUGUACCAGAAUUACUCAUUUACCAACCAGUCCUGGCUGGAUGACAACCAAAACAACAGUCAGAUCACAUCAGUAAGAGCUUCAGAUGAGAGGCUGAGAGACGAGCAGUGGAUUCAAAGUGUCCUGCUGUCAAGAAUCAGUAAAUCCACUGAACCAAAGCAAACCGAAUCCACCCCAUCCAUCUCUCAGUUCAAAGAGAAGCUCUAUGGGACUGUUAAAAUGCUGUCUGAGUUGAAUGUCGUGUGUCAGAUGCUGAAGGAUAAUGUAGAGGAUGAAGGUGUUUGGACUGAUGCGCUCUCAAAAGCGGCAGAACUGAAGAAGAGCAUACAGGAGAGACUGGCCGAGCUGAAGGAGCCCGACUGUGUCCGCAGCAUCAAGAGGAGAUUACUGCAGAUUAACAAGAAGAGAGCAAGGAUGAGGAGAAGAAAGAUGGAACUAAAGGAGGAAAAGCUGGAAGAGGAGGCUAGACGUGCUGAACGAGAGGCGCUGGUUGAUAAAUGGCAGAUGAAACGCCUUCAAGAAGUGGAGGAGAAGAACAGAGAGAAAGAGUUGAAACUGGCCGCAGACGCCGUCCUCUCAGAGGUCCGAAAGAAACAAGCAGACGCCAAGAGAAUGCUGGACAUCCUCAAAUCACUGGAAAAACUCAGAAAACUCCGAAAAGAGGCUGCAGCCAGGAAAGGCAUGUUUCCGGGAAAAGAGAGUGAUGACAUAUUUGAGGGUCACUUGGAGCGGUUGCGGAGUCUGAUCCGUAAACGCACGGCCGUGUACGCGACAGAGGAGAAAGCUCUGAGAGUUAUGCUGGAGGGAGAGCAGGAGGAGGAACGCAAACGAGACCGCGAGAAACGACUGAAGAAAGAAAAAGAGAAGCUCUUGCAGAAGAAGCGAGAGGUGGACGCAAUGCUGUUUGGAGCUGAAUUACCACCUGAUCACCCUCUUCAACCGUUCCAUGAUUACUACACACAGGCCGAGCGCUCCCUUCCUGCGCUUAUUCAGAUAAGGAGAGAGUGGGAUCAGUUCCUGGUUUCUGUCGAACACCCUGACGGUACUUCGGUUCCUCAAGGCUGGGUUCUGCCCGACCCACCGGCCGACGACAUCUGGGCCACGGCCCUGGAGAAAUGACACUUUUGACUCCACAGACUGUUCAUUCGUCAAAACAAAAUACAUUUGGUUGGGAAAAUGUGUGGCCAGAUUAAAUGAUACUCAUUUUGGUAAAUUUGACGGAAACAUUUCAUUAUAAAAUCAAAGAAAUUAUACUUUGCACAAAGAAAAUGAAGCUUUUUUUGAGGACCAUUUAGAUUUUUUACAUUUUUUUUAUUCAUGACUGUUACAUGCAUUUUCCCCAGAUUCUCAUUACAGUAAUGUGUUUGGAUAUUUUUCUAUAAUUUAUUUUUCUAAUUUUUUCUUCUUCUUUUUUUGUAGUUCUCCUUAUUUUCAGUAGUAAUUUUCAUUAGGUUCUCAUUGCCACAACACUGUAUUUUUA